AUGGGAUGCACAUUUCGUGCACGAUUGAAUCAAAUCUGCUCCAUUUGGUACACUAUACUUGUUUUAUGCAUCCAAAGCUACUUGCUCUACUUAGGAUUUGAAAGGUAUAAGUUGUACACGGAAAUGAAAUGGCCAACUGGUGGUUACCCUCAUACUUGGCUCACUGUAUACAUUACUCUCUAUGCUGCUUGUAUUCCACUUUCAUUAUUAUUCUUCUCGUUCGGAUUUUUUAAAUCCGGCAAUAUUGCUGGAGAUAACGAGAAACUUGCGGACAGAGAGGAUCGAAUCAUUGAGGUUUCUCGUAAUCGAAAAGGUGAAAAAGCAGGAUGUCUUCAUGGAAUCAAGUCUUGUUGGCAGCAUAGUCCACCGAUGCCCCAACAAAUCCAUGUUAUUACCGCACUCUGCCAACUAAUCGCUCAACAGUUCAUGAUUUCUCAACUCUACCGUCAUGGAUUUGUGAAUUCCGGGGACUUUUUAAACACUGAAAUGGACUUUCUGUACCAACGAGCACGACAGCUGGCCACAAAUUUACCGAUGGGCGAAACACGUCUUACUGGAUUUCAAAUCACAGCGGAUGAACUUCGAGGAUCACCGCUUGCACCGAAUCUGUUACCAUUGCUUAUGAAUUUCCGACUGUUCGGAAUUCCAUUAGAGUUCGUGAAUUUGUUCACUGCCCUCGUCGCUUACGCUUGUGCCUAUCCAGCAGUAUUCUGGCGGGUAUCGAAGCCCUUCAGCUUGAUUUUCACGUUUCAUAUGGUCAUUCAUUGCGCUGCUGUGAUCUGGGGAUAUUUAGGAUUUAGCAUACUAUUCCGGAUACAGGAAACCAAUUACAACAGUCUACGACCUGUCGGAUUAGGACAAUAUCUGAUCCAAUCUCGAAAUUGGCCAUUUUAUCAUCCUUACGCUAUUAUUAUAACAUUUAUCGGUUCUCUAUUGCUUAUGACAACAGCUCCAAUCGCUUUAUACUCGUAUGGCUACAACAAGUAUUUUGUGAAUGUGAUGAAUUUUCAAGCGAAAAAUCAUAUUCGUGCCGGUAGUUCAGCAGGACAAAGUGAGUACAGUGAGUAUAAGAGGCGAAAUUAUUCAAGACCACCGAAUCGGGAACUUUGUUGUGAUGGAUAUGCACCACAUACCCUUGCCAUUGUACUUCUCGUACUGAUUGUUGUCGUUCGUGCUCCAACAAUAUAUGCGCUUAUGAUUCUUUAUCAGCACGAGGAGAAGCCUCUGCUUUUAACAUGCAUAAUUGUGGAUGUUGUCUAUUUGUUCACAUGGAUACUGCUUUGGUUGAUGUUGACUCUGAAGAGAGAAUGGUCAUUCAACGUUGCUCAUAAAGUGCACCAGAUUUAUGCUCUACAGAAAGGAUUAGCGACCGGCCACAUCAAAGGUAAUGAGAACCCGUCACAGUUGAAGAACUCUCUGAUUGUCAUGCAGAGAGACCACAUGUUUGUCACUGAUGAUCAAGCAGCGAAGCAGUCUCUACUUAGGCAUAUCCAACGAGGACAUUUUGAAUCACCGGAAGAAAUGUAUUGGUCGAAAUCGAAUGGUAAUCAAGGAAGUCCGAACACGAGAAAACUUCCACUCGAAGAGAGUUCAAGUAAUACGCCAGAAACUUCACGUCUAAUUCAACGGCCAAUCGAUGACUCUUCGGCUACCUAUAACUCGGUAAUACGAAGUGUACAUGGUCCAUCUCCACAUACCGCUCAACUUACGAUGCGCGGUAACAGUUCUCCUCCAGACGGGAGAACUCAGAACACUUUUGGAACAUUGCAGAGAAACCAGAAUGCUACAUACACUUCAACACUGCAACGAAAUCCACCCUCUGUGCAACGAACAAUUCCGCCUGGACAAUGGCCAACGCAACAAGAAGCCUACGCUUCAAUUCACAAAGCUAAAGAGCAUUCACUAUACCAAAGGAGGGAUAGCGCUGAUAAUCCUCAGUACGGGAAAAUCGAGAGCAAUUAUAGUAAUUAUGGCACGUAUGCGAGGAUGCCACCACAGUCACGAAUACCCAUACCGCCUGGUCAACAGGUUAGCUCGCUCACUCUCAACAGUAGCAACUAUUCACAACAACAGACGAAUUCUCCAUCUGUUAUUUCUGGAGUUCGACAAAGUCCGCUUCUGGGUGAACGAGGAUCUAUAAGCGGUGUUAAUGGUAUUGGAUCAAAUCUUAUGACAACAUCAGCCAGAGAUCAGUCACCAUAUCAACGAUCCGCAAUCAAACUCACAUCGUUUAACGCCACGGACAAAGGUGGAGUGUACGGUUCCGUACCGUCACAAUGGGCGACACAACGAGCGCCACCCGGUCAACCAAGUCAACUUUUAUGGAGCGCCAAUAAGCCGACUGUUUCUGCUUCAUCAUCCCAACAGGAGCAAUGUUUCACCCCGACAUCUACGCUGACCAGUCAAGGAUCUACAAGCAAUUAUGACGGUCAAACACCAACGCCUGGAUCUCCACAAACCAAUACACCGCUCUACGGUGGACGUACGCAUACGAAUGGAACCGGUGCGGGAGGUGGCGGUACUGGCGGAGGUGGAGGAGGGAUGUAUGGUACAAUUGGCGACGAUUCGUCCUCAUUCACUGAUCGUACCCUGCAGAAACCGUUACGAGCCGUCUCCACCGGAUCAACAACUCCUUACCUCUUCCAAUGGCAGUUCUGA